AAUUGCACGUCUCUCUUUCUCCAUACCAUUGCAUACACGCAUGCGGCCACUAUAAGUACCACCAGGUCACCACAUUAAGCAAGCACCUGCUCUCAUCUUCUCCCCCGUAGCCUUAGCCUUCCACCCGCCUGCCUUGCACUUCAUCUUAGCAUGGCUGGAGCUUCUAACCUUCCUCCUGGUUUCCACUUCUUCCCGUCAGAUGAAGAGCUCAUCGUCCAUUUCCUCCGCCGCAAGGCCUCCCUCCUCCCAUGCCGACCUGACAUAGUCCCUACGCUGACUCUGAACCUCUACGAUCCAUGGGAAUUGAAUGGUAAAGCCCUCCAAUCUGGUAACCAAUGGUACUUCUUCAGCCAUGCAACGCAGACCAGGGCCUCGCCCAAUGGGCACUGGAAACCCAUUGGCUCUGACGAGACGGUUGUCAGUGGAGGUUGUAGCAUUGGACUGAAGAAGACCCUCAUUUUCUUCAUGGGGGAGCCCAUUGAGGGAAUCAAAACUAGCUGGGUCAUGCAUGAGUACCACCUGAUGGAUGGGAAUACCGAUUGCAGCAAUAGCAGCACUUCAAGUAGUUCAAGCAAGUGGCCCCACAAGAAAAAGGGUCAAUCAGAAACAGAAUCCAACAACUGGGUGAUAUGCCGAGUGUUUGAAUCGAGCUACGAUUCACAAGUGAGCUUCCAUGAGGAGGGCACGGAGCUGUCAUGCUUAGAUGAGGUGUUUCUAUCCCUAGACGACUAUGAUGAAGUCAGUUUUGCCAAAUAAUUAGAACCUUUGUAAGAGCUGUUAGUAGGUUAGGUCCUUCAACUAUCUCUUACUUUGAUAAGAUCAUGUCUUACUAGACCAGAUAUGUAAUUAAUCAUCUCCUCCAAGGAGUUGGAUGCAACAAAUUUGAGCUAGUUCAAGAACUACGAUAUUGUGAAUGCUUCAAUAUCAGAAUAUGAGAUUAAAGGUUAUU